CCUGCCUUUAUAGCUAAAGGAAAUUUAUCAUCAAUCAUCAUUGCUAUUAAUCAUUCAUUAACACCACCGGCUGAAUUGUCAGUUGCAUGAAAAUAAAAAUUCCAUUGUUACGAAUAUGAAAAAUCGAAAUCAGAUAAAAAAAAAAUCUCAUAAAAAAAAUUAUAUUUGAGUCACAUAGAAAAAAAUUGUCAUGCAAAUUUUGCAGAUAGAAUUAAUGUAGUAAGUACGAAAGAUCCAGUUGUCCCAUCACCAUCAUCAUCAUCGCCCAUUGUCGUUGUUGAUAAUGUUAAGAAUCAUAUUAAACAUGAAUCGAUCGAAAAUAACGUUUCAGCAAUCAGUCAUCAUCCUAUAAAUGCUAGCAAUAGUAAUAACAUUAAUAAUAACAAUAAUACUACCGCAAAAGUUGCGAGUUCUAAAACGCUAACUACAAAAGAAAAUAAUUUGCUAGCAAUUCCGGCAAACAGUUGCUCGACGAUAACUAGCGAGAGUGGAGACAAUUUGAGUCUCUGCGACGGGAAUAGCAUUGAUUCGUUAGAAGUUAAAAUGUGGCAUAAGUCUGAAUCGGAGUCAGUUGGACCGUCUUGUUCAUCGAUAAGCAUGGAUUGUUCUGCUGACGAGGCUGUUUUUGAAUUUAUGAGGCGAUUUGUGUCGAUUUUAUUUACUGAUUCAUUGGCAAUAACGUUAGAAUUGAAGCAUCAAUUUGGGCAAUAUGCGAGGGUCGGAUCGGGGAGAAUGUGGUUCGCACGCUUUGUUAGUGCACAAAGGACAAAGACAAAGCGAGUGAGUGAGACGACAUUUUAUGCUUUAAUACAAUAUUUUGCCAUAGUUCUAUUUGAAUGCAAAGAAUGUGAAGAUUUUCUACCAGCAAAACACAUUAUGUCAUUGUGCUUUACGUUCUAUCAGGAGGUAGAAGUACCAGGCUGUGAUCCUUAUCGCGAAUACUUGUUUAACUAUUUGCGCGAUCAACCGAUUUGGCACACAUUACGCUUCUGGAAUGCCGCACUUUUCUAUGCCUUGCAAAAAGAUAGAGUUCCAAAAACUACAUCUGCACUAUCUGCAUCAGCUAAUAAUGAAGCUUCACGUACCAUGCAAUCAAAUGCAAUGGAAGAUGCAAAAGAUGCCUUAUUACAGCGCGAUGAAGGUAAAACUCAACCAUCGCGUUCCUUUUCGGAAACGUCUCUUACGUCGAGCACUUCUAGUUCGAGUAGUGACACACAACACACAAAUACCACAAGAUCUAGUGAUAGUUUACGAUUGCGAAACAUACGCAAAAUAAAUCGCUCAAAAAGCUCAACUAAUGCUGGCGGUAAAGACAAUAGUUUUGAUGUAGAUGAAAAAAAAUUACAGGAUAACACGAACACAGCAUUUACACAGUUAGGUAGUUUAACGUGCAACAUGCACGCAUUUGGCUUAAACCGUGACCUAUGUUCUGACUUUCUUAAAAAGCAAUGCCAUAUUUUGAAUAUGUCGAAAGAACAGGAAAAAUUGUUGCACGAUAAUGUUAAUCGAUUGUAUAGAGAAACUGAUCCAUGGAGAGAACAAGUUCAUAAAUAACAAGCCAGUAGUGAAUAUCGAUGAUAUAAAAAACAUGCAGAAGUGAACUUAAACAAGACAAAAGUUGCGUACAAUUUCAAUUUAUGUUGUUGAAUUUUAAAGCAAUUGAAUUAUUUGACAAAUUCAUGUAUUUAUUGGAACCGACUAUAUAUAUUUAUUAACAGACUUAUCUUACUAGAUUAUUUCAAAAGCUAUUCAACUCCUUUCAAA